AUGCCUCUGCUGGCACCAUCUCCACAGAUGGUACUUGUGGCAAGAAUGGCAAGAUAUGCAAGGGCUCCGGGUUUGGUGACUGCUGCUCAUCUUCAGGCUUCUGUGGCAGCUCCAGCGAUCAUUGUGGAACAGGUUGUCAAACUUCGUUCGGCACUUGUAAUGCUGGCUCUGGCAGCAUUUCCACCGACGGAUCUUGUGGUAAAAAUGGGAAAACAUGCAAAGGGUCAACAUUCGGCGACUGUUGCAGUUCCUCGGGCUAUUGUGGCGGCACAAGCGAUCACUGUGGCUCAGGUUGCCAGGCCUCGUUUGGUAAGUGCAACAGUGGUUCCGGAAGCAUUUCCACGGAUGGGUCUUGCGGGAAGAACGGCAAGACCUGCAAGGGAUCAGCUUUCGGUGAUUGUUGCAGCUCAUCUGGGUACUGUGGAGGCGCCAGUGACCACUGUGGAACAGGCUGCCAGGGCUCGUUCGGUACAUGCAACACUGGCUCGGGCGCAGUAUCUACUGAUGGAGCUUGUGGUAAGAAUGGAAGAAUUUGUAAGGGAUCAACUUACGGAGACUGCUGCUCUUCUAGCGGCUACUGUGGCAAGUCGACUGAUCACUGCGGUGCGGGCUGCCAGUCUGCAUUUGGGACAUGCAGUAGUGGUUCAGCGGCCAUCUCAACCGACGGUGCCUGCUCAACAAACGGCAAGACGUGUAAGAGCUCGACCUUUGGCGAUUGCUGUAGUGCUUCGAACUACUGCGGCAAGACGACUGCUCAUUGCGGAUCUGGAUGGUAAGUUAUUGCCCAUGACCUGA